UUCCUCCGACCCACAUUACCUUUCGAAGUACAUCACCUUGCACACAACAUGAAAGUCAUAAUUUCUCUCCUUUUGGCCACAGUGGCUCUGAGCCAUGUCUCAACCACCCCGGCCUCAGUGGUCAAUUCUGCCUUACUCAAGGCCUACUCAACCAAGGAUCAUGCCGACAUUAUGAUUGUUCUCAAGGCGAAAACCUCCCAAGUUCUUGCCCAGGUCGAAUCGCAAAUCUUUGCCACCACCGACGACAAGGCCACCACCCUCUACAAUGAGCUCAACAGAUUCACCUCCUCCUCCCAAAAGGAAAUUUUGAGCAUCCUCACGAAAUUUAAGUCAUCCGGAGUUAAGGGAUUUUACAUCACCAACAGGAUCUCUGUGCGAGGUGCUCCCUUGGAGUUGGUCCAAGCCCUUGCCCACCGAGAUGAUAUUGAAGAGAUCCGCGAAGCCAAGGUCGUCCAUAUUGAAGCGCCCGUCGAAGUUUCCCAAGAACGAGUUUUGGAAUGGGGAGUGUCUCAGAUUAACGCUCCAGAGGCGUGGGAGCGAGGAUACACGGGGGCAGGAAUUGUUAGCUCAAACAUUGACACUGGUGUCCGAUACACUCACGUUGCUUUGCGAGACGGCUACCGAGCAGACUAUGGAUGGUUUGAUCCUGAAGGAAACACUGAGCUACCGAAUGACCAGAAUGCACAUGGCACUCACACCAUGGGUAGCAUUGUUGGGCGAAACGGUACGGGUGUGGCUUCUGAAUCCAUGUGGGUGGCUUGCAAGGGCUGCUCAACGAGUGCCUGUUCUGAGUACGCAUUGAUUUCUUGUGGAGAGUGGACUUUUUGCCCGACAAAUUGGGAUGGCACUGGCAGUGAUUGUACCAAACGACCAAACCUGAGCUCCAACUCGUGGGGAGGUGGUCAAGAGGACGCGUGGUACGAUGAGGUUAUCAACUCGUGGAAUUCUGUCAACAUUAUUCCUAUCUUUGCACUCGGAAAUUCCGGCCCAGGAUGUCGCACAGCGAACAGUCCUGGCGAUCGACCAAACGUUAUCAGUGUCGGAGCGACCAAUGCUGACGAUGCUGUCGCCGUCUUCUCCUCUCAUGGCCCAACCCUUGCCACCAGUGUCAUCAAGCCCGAGGUCUCAGCGCCAGGAGUAAAUAUUAGGAGCUGCGGAAUUGCGACUGACACCAGUUACACCCUUUUGUCCGGAACCAGUAUGGCCACUCCUCAUGUGGCUGGCGCUGUUGCUAUUCUUCUGCAAGCCGGCUUGGCCACACGACCGGAAAUAGCCACAGCUCUUGAAACUACCACUGUGAGACCAGAAAUACCAGAAAUUGUGUGCACUGGUGGAGGUGUUAAUAUCACUUAUCCAUGGCCAAACAAUUCAUAUGGCUGGGGUCGUAUCGACGUAUCCGCUGCCUUGAACUCCGUCCUGCCUUGAAUUCAAUUCUCAAAAAAUAAUAUCCGAGUAUAAUCUUUGUAAUAAAUUUCAAAAAUUGUACAUGAUUCUAUCCAUUGCUUUAUCCAGUCCAAAAUUAACAUUGAAAAUAAAAUGUCAAAAAAUGUGAUCAA